AUGGAGCAUUCAGCUUUUUAUCAAAUUACCAUGGCAAAACGGAAACGUGCAGAAUCCUCGCCAAAUGCUCCUCUCAGUGCUUUCGCUGCUCGUCACUUGAAUCGAGAAAACAAAACCACGAAAGACAAAAAGAAGAAAGGGAAAAGAAGUGAAUCUCCAAACGAAGAUGCUGAGCAGCCUGUAGAAAGCGUAGAAGAAAAUCCUACUUCUUUAAGUGACCAUUCUGCUUCCAAACAAGCUUCGUUUCAAGUUUUAGUUCCCGGAAUUGAUCGUUCUGGCAGAAACGGUAUUGAUCAACCAGUGCCUUCUCAUGAAAUUGAAGACAAAAAUGGGAGUGACAAACCCUCUAUGUCAUCUUCCGUACAUACUACGGAGACUGUACCUUCACGCGCAGAAGAGAAAUCUCCUUCUUCCUUGCCCGCCUCUCCUUCGUUAGUGGAGGCUGAUGUGGAGUCGAGACCCAACACACCGUCUUCUUCGCUCAAUACAUCUUUUCAAAAACAGGAGUCGGGAUAUCCAUACACAGUUUUGACGGAAGAGAACUCUGUCCGAAUCGGCAAUGUCUUGUUUGUCGGAUUGCACUAUGGAGAAAAACUGGCUUUGGUGGGGACCUACUUGUUUGCGUGUGCUCGUGGAUGUCUUAGUUUAUUUGGCGCUUUGUAUGCAUCGCGUCCCAAAGAUGAAAAGUGUCGUACUUGGCGUUCUUUAAAUGUCCCGUUAGUGUAUCCUACUCCUGUUUUCGUUUCUGAGAAUAUUUCCGAUACGUCCUUUACAAAAAAGCCCACCGAACUCACCGACCCUUCCUCACAGGCAAGUCUCCCUGCGAUGGAUUCCGCAGAAAAUACCAGCUUAUCUGACCUCGAAAACGCCUUACACGUAAAUAUAGACUCUCUGCUUCUCUCCUUUGAAACAUUAUUAGUGUUCAAAGUGAAUGACCUCGGUAUAUCUAAAAUCCCUCGUGUUUGUCCCUUUGCUAAGCGGCUCUUCAAUAUGCCUUCUCUUUUAGAAAAUGCAUCAUCCCUGUCCUCAGCCUUUGAAAUCAUACCGGAUUCUUGGAAAGCCUUUGCUGACUCGAUGCUUUCCACGUAUGCUUCAAGCAAGCAUACUCCUCCAAAAUUAUUAGUUUGCGGACCUAAAGGUGCAGGCAAAAGUACUUGUUGUCGAUAUGUUACGAACCGCUUAUUAAAUUUCACAGACUAUGUUGCAUUUUUAGAUAUUGAUCCAGGUCAACCGGAAGUUGUUCCAGUUGGUAACAUUUCGUUGUACUUUAUGGACUCCCCUCUUCAGGGUCCUGCUUUUAGUCGCUUGCCUCCUAAUGCUCGGUGUUUUCGAGUUCAUACUGGUGAAAGUACUCCUCAGAGGGAUCCAACUCACUAUCUUGCUUCUACGUACAGGCUUUUCGUAGAAUACCAAAAGUUCAACUUCGAACGAGAGCUUGAGGGUAAGCCCCCUAUCUCGCUGAUUGUAAAUUGUCCAGGAUGGAUAAAAGGAGGGGGCGCUGAGCUUCUUUUCAAUCUUGUUAACCAAAUUUCGCCCACUGAAGUAGUUUACCUCAGUAGGAAUUAUCAGAGAGUCAACACCUCUGAUAGAAAAGGUAUUUUCCAGUAUAAAGAAGGUAUCCCGGAGUUUUUACUACAAGCAACCCCUUUUACGUUUUCUCAAUUGGAAUCAUCUUGGCAGUAUUUACCUGACUCUAGUGCGCAUCGCAUGUCCUCUGCUGACAAUCGCACUUUAGGGCUUUUAAGCUACCUAUAUUUUGACUUACAGCAUAGUACUUGGGAUUUUUCAAGGAGUCUGGCAUCACAUCAGCCUCUGGCAACAGCAUACAAUGGUUCACAACAGGGCAUAGACGCAAUAAAUAUCAUUGGGGAACCAUUAAAUCUACUGGAUGUUUCAAAAGCCAUCAAUGGUACUCUAUUGGCACUUUGCGCAUACGAAGUAUCAAAUGAGAAAGAGUGGAAUGAUAAUCAGAUUGCUAAAACGCCCGAGGGAAUACCUGUACUCAUCAACGAUGGUCUUCCCUUGGAUCCAGCCAAUGCCCAGUGCUUUGGAUUAGUCUUACUUCGGACUAUUGAUUUGGUAAAAAAGGAAUUUCAUUUGGUAGGACCGAUUAAUUUGGACUUAUUGGCAGAUGCAGAUUCAAAAGGAAUGAAAUUUGUUCUUGAACGUGGCCGUCUUGAAUCGCCGCUUUCUACCAUGCUCGAUAGACGUUUGGUGAUUUACCCCGAGUUACCGUACCUCGAGAGGAAUCACGCUUCAGUAGCCGCAGGCUCUCAACGAAGACGUGUCCGACGCAACAUCAACCGUCGUACUGGUCUAACAGGUCAAUGA